AGGAGCCUGAGGAGGAGUCUGCUGCGAGUUCCUGGCUGAUUCUGAGCUCACACCAUCCUCCGAGAGGGAGGAGGCUCAAGUGAUGCCUCUGCUGCUGGUACUCUAGUGGAGCUGGAAAGGGUGGUUCCUAUCGCACCAUCGCCAACCAGAGAGGGAGGGGAAAAAAAAAAAAAUCCCAGCAGUGGCUGCUGAUGUUGGCUUCCGAGGCUGCAUCCGACGCGGUCACAAGGAAAAUGGAUUCAGUUUGCAUCCCUCCCUCCUUCCAGUAUCUUCUCCUGGUCUCAGCAUGGGCUUCUGGGGCAGCGGUUGAGAAGACCUUAGCAAGGAGCACCACACAGUAGUUGCUGAAACAUCUCACUCCAGGAAAUGAAACAGUAACAUGGCAGUACCUGUUUGAGAGGAUUAAAAUCCAUAAGACUCCAUUUAGCAAGGAACAAUGUCCAAGAAAGGGCGAAAUAAGGGCGAGAAGCCCGAGGCACUCAUCGUCGCCCUCCAAGCUGCCAACGAAGACCUCAGGACCAAGCUGACAGACAUUCAGAUAGAACUGCAUCAAGAGAAGUCCAAGGUAUCAAAGCUUGAAAGAGAGAAGACGCAAGAAGCAAAGAGGAUUCGUGAGUUGGAGCAGCGCAAACACACCGUCCUGGUGACGGAGCUCAAAGCCAAGCUCCAUGAGGAGAAGAUGAAGGAGCUGCAGGCCGUGAGGGAGAAUCUCAUCAAGCAGCAUGAGCAGGAAAUGUCAAGGACAGUGAAGGUGCGGGAUGGGGAGAUCCAGAGACUCAAGUCUGCUCUGUGCGCUCUCCGGGAUGGUAGCAGCGAUAAAGUAAGGACAGCACUCACCAUUGAGGCCCGGGAGGAGGCCCGGAAACAGUUCGAUGCAGAGCGCCUGAAGCUCUUGCAGGAAAUUACAGACCUGAAAACUGCCAAGAAGCAGGUGGAUGAGGCUCUGAGCAAUAUGAUCCAGGCGGAUAAAAUCAAGGCUGGGGACCUUAGGAGUGAGCACCAGUCCCACCAGGAAGCCAUCUCGAAGAUCAAGUGGGAGUCAGAACGGGACAUUCGGAGGCUGAUGGAUGAAAUCAAAGCCAAGGACAGGAUCAUCUUUUCCCUGGAAAAGGAACUGGAGACCCAGACAGGCUAUGUACAGAAACUCCAGCUGCAGAAGGAGGCUUUGGAUGAGCAGCUCUUCCUGGUCAAGGAGGCCGAGUGUAACAUGAGCAGCCCGAAGAGAGAGAUUCCAGGAAGGGCGGGAGAUGGCUCUGAACACUGCAGCAGCCCGGAUUUGCGAAGAAAUCAAAAAAGAAUAGCUGAACUGAAUGCUACUAUAAGAAAGCUAGAAGAUAGGAACACCUUGCUUGGAGAUGAGCGAAACGAGUUGUUAAAACGUGUGCGGGAAACCGAAAAACAAUGCAAACCUCUCCUGGAAAGGAACAAGUGCCUCGCCAAGAGAAACGAUGAACUGAUGGUGUCCUUGCAGCGCAUGGAGGAGAAACUAAAAGCCGUAACCAAGGAAAAUUCAGAAAUGAGAGAGAAAAUAACAUCUCACCCGCCCUUAAAGAAACUGAAGUCUCUGAAUGACCUUGACCAAGCUAAUGAAGAACAAGAGACGGAGUUUCUCAAACUGCAGGUCAUUGAGCAGCAGAACAUCAUUGACGAGCUCACAAGGGAUCGAGAAAAACUCAUCCGUAGGAGAAAGCACAGGAGAAGCUCGAAGCCAAUCAAGAGGCCUGUUUUGGAUCCAUUCAUUGGCUAUGAUGAGGACUCCAUGGAUUCAGAAACAUCAUCUAUGGCCUCCUUUAGAACGGACCGGACACCAGCUACUCCCGAUGAUGACUUAGAUGAAAGUCUAGCUGCUGAAGAAUCUGAGCUACGAUUUCGACAAUUAACAAAAGAAUAUCAAGCCCUCCAAAGAGCAUAUGCCCUCCUGCAGGAGCAGACUGGAGGCAUCAUAGAUGCUGAAAGAGAAGCCAAGGCACAAGAGCAGCUCCAAGCAGAGGUACAGAGAUACAAGGCCAAAAUCGAAGAUCUGGAGGCAACGCUAGCUCAGAAAGGGCAGGAUUCACACUGGGUAGAAGAUAAACAACUUUUCAUUAGGAGAAACCAGGAGCUUUUAGAAAAGAUAGAGAAACAGGAAGCAGAGAAUCACCGUCUACAGCAGGAGCUGCAAGAUGCCAGAGACCAGAACGAGCUGCUGGAGUUUCGCAACCUAGAACUAGAAGAGAGAGAGAGGAGAUCCCCUCCAUUUAAUCUACAAAUUCACCCUUUCUCAGAUGGUGUGAGUGCUCUGCAGAUCUACUGCAUGAAAGAAGGUGUCAAGGAUGUCAACAUCCCUGACCUCAUAAAGCAGCUUGAUAUCCUGGGUGAUAAUGGGAACUUAAGGAAUGAAGAACAGGUGGCCAUAAUUCAGGCCAGCACUGUGCUGUCCCUGGCAGAGAAGUGGAUCCAACAGAUUGAAGGAGCAGAGGCUGCCCUGCACCAGAAAAUGAUGGAACUGGAAAGUGACAUGGAACAAUUCUGCAAAAUCAAAGGCUACCUGGAGGAAGAACUGGACUACAGGAAACAAGCUCUUGACCAGGCAUAUAUGAGAAUCCAGGAACUAGAGGCUACCUUGUACAAUGCUCUGCAGCAAGAGACUGUGAUCAAGUUUGGUGAACUGUUAAGUGACAAACAGCAGGAGGAGCUGAGGACGGCUGUCGAAAAAUUACGGCGGCAAAUGCUGAGGAAGAGCAGGGAGUACGACUGUCAGAUCCUCCAGGAGAGGAUGGAACUCUUACAGCAAGCCCACCAGAGAAUCCGUGACCUAGAAGAUAAGACAGACAUCCAAAAGCGGCAGAUAAAGGACUUAGAAGAAAAGUUUCUGUUUCUAUUCUUGUUCUUCUCUCUUGCCUUCAUUCUAUGGCCUUGAUGUCAAGGUGCCUCUUAAAGAAAAAAUCAAGAACACAGAUCAUAACCCCAGAAGGCAAAUGCUUUUAAACCUUCAAAGAUGGCAAAAUUGUUUACACCGACAUAAGGGAAAUCAAAAGCUAAGAACUACCUACCUUGUAGCCAAGACUGUGCUUUAAAGCCGUUACUCAAGGUUUCUUACUUGACAGUUUAUAAUGACCCUGUUGAAAAAUCUACAUUAUAUGCUGCAUUUAAUGAAACGUGUGUAUGUCGAACCAGAAGAAGAGAACUAUAAACGUACAGUGUGUAAAGGAAAAAUUCAGCAAUGAAACCAGUUUCAGCAGAUCAAGAGAUGUGUCUUGGGCAUGGAACCAAAGUUACAAAGAAACAUUCAACUCCUGCUGUGCAGGGGGGGUCAUUUUAAUGUAACACCACACCCCAUGGAAAGACUAUUCCUGAAAAUAAACAUCAUUUUAAAAAAAAACAAAAGAAAAAA